AUGCUCUCCGUCCGUGUCCCUCUCGCCACCAUCGCUGACCCGCAGCAGCAGCAUCCCCUCCAGCUCUCGCCCAUGAAGGGGCUCAGCCUGGCGGACAAGGAGAACACUCCCCCGUCCCUCAGCGGGACCCGCGUGCUGGCCAGCAAGACCGCGAGGAGGAUCUUCCAGGAGCCCGCCGAGCCAAACCCUAAGCUAUCUGCCCCCAGUGUGGAGGAGGAACCACUUCUGAAAGAAAACCCCCGCCGCUUUGUCAUCUUUCCUAUCAAAUACCAUGAUAUCUGGCAGAUGUAUAAGAAAGCUGAGGCUUCCUUUUGGACAGCUGAGGAGGUGGACCUUUCCAAGGACAUUCAGCACUGGGAAGCCCUGAAGCCUGAGGAGAGAUAUUUCAUUUCGCAUGUUCUGGCUUUCUUUGCAGCAAGUGAUGGCAUAGUAAAUGAAAACUUGGUGGAGCGGUUUAGCCAAGAAGUUCAGAUUACGGAAGCUCGUUGUUUCUAUGGCUUCCAAAUUGCCAUGGAAAACAUACAUUCUGAAAUGUAUAGUCUCCUCAUUGACACUUACAUUAAAGAUUCCAAAGAAAGGGAAUUUCUCUUCAACGCCAUUGAGACAAUGCCUUGUGUAAAGAAGAAGGCAGAUUGGGCCUUGUGCUGGAUUGGGGACAAAGAGGCUACGUAUGGAGAACGUGUCGUAGCCUUUGCUGCAGUGGAAGGAAUCUUCUUUUCUGGUUCUUUUGCAUCGAUAUUCUGGCUCAAAAAACGAGGACUGAUGCCCGGCCUCACAUUUUCCAAUGAACUUAUUAGCAGAGACGAGGGUUUACACUGUGACUUUGCCUGCCUGAUGUUCAAACACCUGCUACACAAACCUUCGGAGCAGAGAGUUAAGGAUAUCAUCGUCAAUGCAGUUAGGAUAGAACAGGAGUUCCUCACGGAGGCCCUGCCAGUGAAGCUCAUUGGAAUGAAUUGCACUUUGAUGAAGCAGUACAUCGAAUUCGUGGCAGACAGACUUAUGCUGGAGCUGGGUUUUAGCAAGGUUUUCAGAGUAGAAAAUCCAUUUGACUUUAUGGAGAAUAUUUCACUGGAAGGGAAGACUAACUUCUUUGAGAAGAGAGUAGGCGAGUAUCAGAGGAUGGGAGUGAUGUCCAGUCCGACAGAGAAUUCCUUUACCUUGGAUGCUGACUUCUAAGUGAACUGAAGAUGUGCUCUUAGUUUGCUGAUUUUUCUUCUUUUCCUUCUCAUCAAAAGAGAAGAAAAUCAGCUACUUGAACUGUAUUAACCAGCUACACCAUAAAUCGCCCAUAAAGUUCAUUAAUGGCAUGUUUAAAACUGUGUAGCUACCUCAAAAUCAAUCCUGUUAAUGCUAGUGGGGUCACCUAGAUUGAAAGCGUAGACAGAAGCUACUCGGAUUCUUACGAAAGAUCUUGUCCAUGUUUGGCGUUUGCAAGCAGGCUGGCUGUAC